AAAUGAGGAGAAAAAAAGAGGAGUCAUUCUUGGCUCUUACAACCCAAAGCAAAAACCCAAGUCCCAAAGAAAGAGGAAAAAGCAAAAGAUGCAGAGAUGGUGUUCCAAGCUCCGAUCCCUGGCCGUUCUCCGUUCAACUCCAAUUACCCAUAAUACCCUUCUUCCCUAUCGUGUUGUCCACACUGUUACUACUCCAAUUAACAGAUCAUUGUUCACACAUUCUUCACUAAUCCCUCCCACCUUCAUUAAACCCCUUUCCAGAAAUGGCCCCUCUCUACCCCCUCUUUCUUUUACGCAAGUGCGGUACAUCACUGCGAAACAGAGGAAGAGGAAGUUGAAAAGCAGGAAGCCGAUGACUCCAAUCACAUCAAAAGUCAAGAAAAUCAAGAUGAAAUUUUAUUCGUCUUUUAAGGACAGAUUUCGUGUUAUGAAAGAUGGGCAGAUUAGGCGCUGGAAAGAGGGGAAGAGACACAAUGCACAUUUAAAGUCUAAGAUAUCAAAACGUCGACUCAGGCUACCUGCUACUGUCCCUCCGGCUUAUGCAAAAACGAUGAAGAAGCUUGGUUUUUGUAGUUGAAGCAUUUGUAGCUCUAUGCACUUACUGCCAGUGACAUUUCUUACUUACUGAUCUUGUUGGUGGUCCUCUGGAUUCAGCUCAGUGUAGAAGAUUUUUUCAAGGCAAACAUGUAACAGGUUUUGUUUCAGGUCAUUCGUGACAAAGCUAUCUAUUAGUAUAUUUCUCUGGCAAAUGGGUAUGGAUUUAGAGUUUUUGUAAGAACAAAUAAAAUACAAAAGAGAUGAGCUAAUGAAACUGAUCAUUUUGCAUCC